ACCCUCUCUCUCUCUCUCUCUUAACCUACGGGUCUUGUCUUCCUUUCGAUUCACUUGCCUUUCUCGUUCUUUAUUUUCCUUUUUCAUCACAAUAUACAAUAAUAUUACUAUUUUAAUGGAACCCUUUCUUUUUUUGUUCUUGUUUUAAUAUGGAUAAUUUCCAUUUUGCACUCACAUUUACAUCUUCCACUCUCCCUAUUCAUAGUUUCUAUUUGCAUUAUACGAAAGCUUAAAUACCAAAGCUGGAUGGGGUAAUCUUGAUGGGGUCUGAUACAAUACGGUUCAUCGUCUUCAUGGUUGUUUUAUCGCUGUUAUCGUCGAUCGUCGUUGCCAACGGAGGCAGCUUGGGUAGAUAUAAUUCGAGGGAAUUGAACGCUUUGUUUCGAUAUUACGCGAACCGGACUUUGGCGAAUCAUCAUCGUACAGGUACAUUAAGCCGAGUUUCACUUCCUUCUAAUAUCUCUGGCAUGGAGGUUUCUGUUGUUAGACUACGUGGUAGUAGUUUAUGGGGCAGAGGUAUCAAUUCUAAAUUUGUUAAGAUCCCACCUAGUGUUAGGACAUCUCCGUACGUUAAAAGGUUAGCAAUGGUCUAUGAUAACCUCGGAAAUUGGUCUUCCAAAUAUUAUCACGUACCGGGGUAUUCGUUGGUCUCUCCAGUCAUCGGCUUCGAGGUUUACGAUUACACGGAUCUCACUGUCGGGAACUUGGCAUUGAACGUCACCGGGGGGUCCAUUUCGAUCCGGUUUCCUUAUCUAAAGACAAAAGAGAAAAACGUGACACGACUCAAAUGCAUCGGGUUUCGAAACAACGGGUCGGUCGAGUUUAAAAAUGUGACGGAGAGAGAUGUUUGCGUGACCGAAAAUACAGGGCAUUUUUGCGUCAUGAUACCGUAUUCGUCCCCGCCUUCGUCGCCGUCGAUGCCCCAAAAAAAAGGGAGGGUUUGGAAAUGGUGGGUGAUAGAGUUCGGCCUCGGAGCCGUCGGGCUAGCAGUUUUGGUUACGGCGGGAGUGGCGGUGUCGAGAUGGUGGAGAAAGAGGAAGAUAAAAGAUAUGGAGAAGGAAUCCGAUUCAUCGGUGGCGUUGGAUACGUUUUGGGUAAGGGGAGAUCUUAAAAUGCCUUGUGCGUCGAUGAUCAGAACACAGCCAGCACUCGAGCAUGAUUAUGUCCCUUGAAUUGUGGUCUUGAAUCCUUAAAAUCUCCUCCUUGUUUUACUUGCAAUUUAUUUUACUCGAUGCCCUCCCCUUCAUUGUUUUUCUUUCGGAAUUUGUUCUACAAUUCUAGGCAAUUUAGGUCCCCAAUGUUGUAUCAAUUCAUUGAAAUUAAUUCUUAAA